CCCCCACCUGCGUUUUCUUAAAACCCUACUGCCAACACCAGUCGGCAAAAAGCAUUCCCAACCUUGACUGUGGAAAGAAGGCACCACUCAGGCAGGAUUUUUUUCCACGAUUUCCACUCAGAAGCCGUUUCGUGGCGGUGUCUUCCCGGUCUGUUGACGGCGUAGAACAUCGGAUAGUUGGUUGCAGGGGAUUCACUACUUCCACACGGUUUUGCCACCGAAUUCAGAACUCGAUGGCUUUUCUUCGUGAUUCUUUCCGCUCCUAAGACGGAAUAAUGCGAUUUUCAAACAUAAAGAAAGCACUUCUUCUAUCCUUUUGUGCAACGACUCAAAUGAGCAUUUCCGCCCGCGUUGUUGCGGAUGCCGCUCGUAAAGCGCUGACCGGAAAAUAGUCUUUUUUUUCGCCGUUGUACCCUGGUUCCCAUAGCUCAUUUACCUUUCAGAUCUGUCUGAACUCCAGCGCGGGUUUCUUUGUUGUCUGUGAUUCUGCGUCGUGGACGACGUGUUACUGUGGAGCUUUUGAGCCCUCUUGAACUGUUUGCAUUGGGUGUAGUCCGCUCGACAUUGAGGCAACUACGCUAUUUUUUAGUCGGUGGAUCGCCUGGGACCAAUUGCGACAUGUCAUGUGAACUCAGAAGAGAGAUAUGCCCCGUGUGUUUAGACCUUUCCCCCCCAAAAGCUGUUUAAGGUGACUGAGGAUUGCAGGAGCCAGAAACGACUGCGUUUCGUGUGAAUUCGACACAGGAGCAACACACCGACCUGCACGCAGGGGGAUCGCUUUUGGAAUAUUAUCACCGUUUUCUGUAGGACGUCGUCGUAUGCCAACUGCGGCUGCGAUCCGGUGCAGCUGAUCAUCUUCCCGAGAGGCCACUGAUCGAGUCACUUCAAGAAGACUUCCGGUUACUGUCACAUUUUCCACAAUGGGUUGCACAGGUAGCAAGGCGGCGGCUGUGAAGAAACCAGACUCUCCUGAGGACAAGCGGGAAGCAAAUGACAAGCCACAGCUGUCCACAGGCCACGCGGAAGCACUCCCUGGUGUCGUUGCCGCUGGAGGGGCACAGGACAGCAGCGAUGCGAAGAGCGCAGCAUCGCUGACAACUUCUCGAGUAGGAGGGGCGGGAGAAACGGGAGCAGCAACUUCCACGGAACCUAAAAACGCUGCGUCAAAAGAUAAGGAGAUCGAUAUUCACGAGGAUCCUUUGGAGGGGAUUGAACUGGACCCGCCUGAGGACUGUGAACCCGUCAUUAUGAAGAAUGACGUAGUUUACAGGGGAGAGUGGAGGAACGGCAGGCAACACGGAAGAGGCCAGCAGAAGCAGGCAGAUGGUGUCGCUUAUAUCGGGCAGUUCUACGACGGCCAUAUCGAAGGUUUUGGCCGUCUUGUGCGACCCGACGGCAGCAAGUAUGAAGGCGAGUUCGUACAGGGCAAGGCACACACAAGGACCAGGAACGGCAAGUACACAUUUGCAGACGGCAGCGUUUACGUGGGCCAGUGGGUUGCUGAUAAGCGACACGGCAUCGGCCGGGAAGUUACUCAAGACGGUAGCACGUAUCAGGGCGAGUACCGAAACGGCUGCAAGCAUGGUCAUGGCCGCAUGCAGUCUCCUUCCGGCGACGUCUAUGAGGGCGAGUUCAGCAAGGGUGACAUGAACGGGAAAGGACGAUAUUGCUGGCCAGAUGGGCGGAUUUACGAAGGAGAUUGGUCGAUGAGCCGCAUGCACGGAAAGGGAGUAUUCUUCUUCGUUGAUGGUCGCAAGUACGAGGGAGAAUUCAAGGACAGCAAGAUGGAGGGAGAAGGAAAGCUGACUUGGCCAGAUGGAAGCGCUUACGAGGGUGGGUUCAAAGCAGGUCUUCCGCAUGGACGAGGUACUCAUCAGGCGACGGCAGAAACGAAGCCACGACUAGCUUUAUGGACCCAAGGUGUGCGAGUAAAGUGGCUAGAUGAGGAAGAGUCGCAAGAAGAUGGAGUGCUAGAAACGAAAGAGACUGAGGGACAGUCUAAAGUGCCUUCCACACAGUAGGCUAGAAUCACAAAACAACAUGAGGAGUAACCAAAUAAAGCGAAUAAUAAAAGUUCAGUGGGGAGAAACGAGCAAGCAUGGAUGAUGUCUGACAAACAGGCAGAACUGGAUGUCAAACCGGGACGUGCGCCUGCCGAAGUUGCCACGUCAUGGAUAAUAUUUGAGGUUUUUUCCUGUGCGGAUUACCGUGUUACUUCUGGUCAGGGGGUGGACGCACCUGGUUAACUGAUAUGUUAAACGGAGUGGAACUGUAGUUUGUGUGGAGCCCUUCAAUCUGGAGCUGAGGGGGGGAGAGGAGCAGACAAGUAGACAAAUGCCACAGAUGUUGACGUGUAAACAGUGGACUGCCGUGUUCAAUACUUGAAUGGUCUGUACAGUCUCUGCCUGACAUCAGUACUGGAAGGCAUUAUGAUGUCGAACUGCACCCAGCAGCUGAGGGGUGUACUUGGGUACUCGGGGCAGCGUGGUUGUGUGCUUAAGAAGUUAAUCUGCUAAUGCUUGGCAAAGUUGCCAGUACAUCCAUUUUUGUUUGUUUGCGACCGGGGGAGGACGUCUUCACAUGAACAACUUUCCACACUUCGCUUACAGCGAUGUGCCUGGUUUCGUCUGGAUGUGCGCUUGGAAACGCCAGAGACAACAUGGUAAAGCGCUUUUAUUGGAUGCUAGUUUUUAUUGGUACCACCGAUGUUCGAGCGACUUCAUCGUGGCCCGCGUUUCCGGACCCUAUUCGGAAGACUCACAAGUAGAACGUUUCAGCGUCGUUUGUUCCGUUAGGUAGCGACGUGACAUGCACAAAGAGCUGUAGAUUCCUAGAGGCUUUCGCUGGGAUAUCUUUACCCUCACCAGCCACUACGGUGUUGACUCCGAACUGUAAUUGACAUGUAAACAUAUAUCCAUGUGCAGCCCCCGCACACUUGAAUUUUUAUUUGGUAGAACAACCACAGCCGAGAACGGGACAAAUCCGAGACUGAGCUGUUCUCUGCGUUCCAUCCGCUCAAAACCGUUUCAUGAUGAAGAGUGGUCCCAAACGUGUGUCGCAGUUUUUCGAGGUGCCGCCAGAUUCCUAAGGUGAAGGGAUGAGAUCUCUUUCCGAAACUACUGCACCUCUGGUACUGAGUGGAGCUGGAAGGUUUCUGAACAUACAUUCGUGCAUUGUUGGUUUCGGUUUCGCUGCGGUAACGUGAUGCAAUACCUCCCCUAAGCGAUCAGCGUUUCGUGCCAAUUCCAGCCUACACUGUCGUCCGCCAAAUGGUGUAUAGGAAUUUUUCCGCUCUACAUCUAGCGCUGUUUGUGACCUGUCACUCACGGACUACCAUGAGCUACAGACACCGUCAAACUCUACUAAUGCAACCUG